AUGGAUAUUGCUAGUCAAACUCUUAAUGUUUAUAUUGCUGUGGGAGUUUUAUCAGGUUUAGGUUUUAUUAUUGCUUUGAUUAGAACAUGGAAAUGGUUUUUAAGAUCUGGUAAAGAAAUAGUCGAUUUAGGAACAAUUGCAAUAUUUACCUUUCAUUUAAUUGGUAUUAUUGGUACAGUUAUUUUACUUGUUACAGCUGGUGCUUCAGUUUGGUGGUUAUUGAUUAUUAAAAAACAAUAUGAAAAUAUUUCUUAUGGAGAUAUUAGUUCAUUUGAAAAUUUAAUAAAAUUUUUUCUUAUUAUUUCAUUUGUAUUAAAAACAAUUGAUAUUAUUCAUUUAAUUGUACGACAAACACGAAUAGAAAUAUUUUUUAUGGAUUGGGAACGAACAAAAAUAGAUUAUCAUAAGAUUUCAGUUUGGCGAACAAAUUUUGUAGCCAAUGAAUUUAAUGAAAUUCAAACUUAUCGUCGUAUUAAUGUAACAUUAAAAUUAUUUUUUGUUUUAUUUUUUCUUAAAGUAGUCAAUCUUGAAAGUCUCUCCUGUGUUAAUAAUGAAUUUACUCUAUCUACAUCUCCAACAAAUUGCACAGAAUACAAUCCAAUUUUUCGUACUGGAAUAGGAUUUAUUACAUUAUCAGGCACUUCGAUUAUUCAAUAUCUUGCUUUUACAUUAUUUUAUCAACGUAUAAUUGCAGAUAAAAUAAUUAAUUUUAUUGAUUUAUGUUCGGUAUCAAAUAUAAGUGUAUUUAUUCUUGAUCAAUAUUAUCACGGAUAUUAUAUUCAUGGUCGUUCACCACAUGGUAAAACUGAUGUAAAUAUAAAAGAAAUAAUUAUGAAUUUACAUCGUGAAGAAAAUCAAACAAUUGGUACAAGAGGUUUACAAGAUAAUUCCGACGAACAAAUAUUUAUUAUGAAGAUUAAUAGAAAUUUUAGAAAACAAUAUGAAUUAUUAUUUCGAAAUUAUUAUAGUUAUAUUGGUCCACGAAAAACACGUGAAGAUACUGAACGUUAUACAGAUAUGUUACUUCAGUCUUAUCAAAAUUUAAAUGGGUUUUUAUGUGCAUUCAUUGAUCAUUCAUUGGCUUCAUACAAAUAUUUUAUUCGUAAUCGAUAUUUUCUUGAAAAAAUUUUUAAUUAUGAAUUUCAAGCUCGAGCAAGCACAGAGUUAGAUGGUAUUACUGAUAAUAUUUUAUAUCCUGAUAACGAAAAAACUUUUACAAAAACAUUAUUCUAUGGUGAAGAAAGUUCUUUAUUUAUAUGGAAUAUAGUUACAUUUCUCUUUAUUGAUGCUCUUGCUAGUAAUUAUAUAUUAGCAACUGUCAUUACUUAUAUACUCAAUUCAAUUUUUACUGGUAUACGUAAAUCAUUUGGUCGAAGAAAUUUAUCUCGAAAAACAUUAAUUCCAAGAAACUUUCUAAUUUAA